AUAUCGAUAAAAUGUAUGUUUUGGUUUCGAAAUAGGAAAAGUAAUCGAAUUUUUGAAGUAGAAAAGAUAAACAUUGCACUCUGCAUGAUUAUGAUUGCACCUUACUGAGGUAAAAGCUGUUAAAACAAAUUGUACAAGAUAAAAUUCAAGAAAAUUGUGUACAUAAUGGCGGUGGAAUUAUUUGUUACUAAAACUCUGGAUUUAAUCAGCAAGGAAAGAGAUGCUGAAAUAGCGGAAACUCAAGAUUUGACCCAAAGAUUGUCAGCUAAAGAGCUACAGAGGAGAGGAAUAUGUCUGCUGAAACUAGAAAUCAAGUCCAGAAGGUCUGGAUUAUAUGGACGAAUGGUUCUUGUGUUUGGCUCUCAGCUUGGACCUGGGGCUAAACAAGUGAAAGUAGAGUUACCUUCACAUAAUUUCACUCCAGGAGACAUUGUUGGCCUUGGUCUGAUGAAAAGUCAAGCAACUGACAAGCCACUGGCCACAGGUCUCGUGUCACAAGUCAAUGCAUGUGAGAUUUGUGUGGCGUUUGAUGAUUCAGAAGAUGUGUUAGAACUGGAUGAUGAUGAAGCUUACAAGUUGACUAAACUAGCCAAUGAUGUGACUUACAGACGACUGAAAACGGUAUUAAAUGAUUUAUCGAACAGUCGAGGAGGGCCAUCACAAAGACUCAUUGACACUCUGUUUGGUCUGGAAGAAGUUUCCCCUUCUGGUGCAGAGUUUCCCAUUACAUUUGUGAAUGAGAAUCUGGAUGAGUCUCAGAAAGAAGCCGUCAAAUUUGCACUGACCCAGAAAGAAGUUGCCAUCAUACAUGGCCCACCAGGAACAGGGAAGACAACUACUGUUGUAGAGCUCAUUAUUCAGGCAGUGAAACAAGGGCUGAAGGUUUUGGCCACAGCCCCGUCUAAUAUUGCAGUUGACAACCUUGUUGAAAGACUGGCAUUACAUAAACAGCGAAUUGUACGAGUUGGUCAUCCUGCUAGACUGUUGACCCAUUUACAGAAGUAUUCCCUGGAUGCCAUUAUAUCUGGCAGUGAACACACGGAUGUGGUGGAAGAUGUGAAAUCAGACAUACAUAAAGUAUUGAAUAAGCUAAAGAAAACCAAGAACAAGGGAGAGAAGCGUGCUCUGAGAGAUGAAAUGAAACUCUUGAAGAAAGAGGCCACCCAAAGGGAAGAAGCUGCCACUAAAGAUAUUUUGUCCAGGGCUGACGUUGUACUGGUCACUCUGACCAGUGCCAGCAGAGAUGGGCCACUGAAAUAUCUCAAAGAGGAUCACUUUGACCUUGUAGUUAUUGACGAGUGCUCUCAGGCAUUAGAAGCAGCUUGUUGGAUUGGUUUACUGCGAGCUCGUAGGUGUGUUUUAGCUGGUGACCACAAGCAACUGCCACCAACCAUCUUAUCUAAAGAAGCAGCAGCUGCUGGACUUGAACUGACCUUGAUGGAGAGACUCCUGAAGACAUUGUCUGAAGAGAAAGGAAAGGAUGUGGUCAGGAUGUUGACCACACAAUACCGCAUGCACCAGGACAUCAUGGAGUGGGCUUCGCAACAGCUGUACCAAGGGACACUAGUUGCUCAUCCAUCGGUAGCCUCCCAUUUACUGAGUGACCUGGUCGAUGUAAGUGAUGAUGAAGAGACCACAAGUCCUCUGUUAAUCAUUGACACUGCUGGCUGCGACCUUUAUGAGUUAGAUCUUCCUGAAGAAGUUUCCAAAGGCAAUGAAGGGGAAGCUGACAUUGUAGCUAGUCAUGUGGAUGACCUUGUCAAGCGUGGGGUCAAGCCAGCAGACAUUGCUGUUAUAGCUCCAUAUAAUUUACAGGUGGAUCUCAUUCGGCUACGUCUGAGCUCAAAGUAUCCAAGUUUAGAGGUCAAAUCUGUGGAUGGCUUUCAAGGUCGUGAGAAGGAAGCUGUGAUUAUCUCAAUGGUCAGAAGUAAUCCUACAGGUGAAGUUGGAUUUCUGGCCGAGAAACGUAGAAUCAAUGUGGCAGUGACGCGGGCGCGCAGACACUUGACAGUGGUGUGCGACACCGAGACAGUUUGUCAUGACAACUUCAUCAAGUCCCUGGUUGACUACAUGACUGAGAAAGGAGACGUUCAGUCAGCGCAUCAAUACAUACAAGAUGGUAAAGUUCAUCAAACAUUUAGUAAAAAUGCCACUGACACUCAUAAAGUGGUCAGCAGAAGUGAGGAAAAACAAGUGGCUCACAAAAAACAUGUCUCCAGCCAACAUUCCUUACAGUCUAAAGAAGAGAAGUUAAUAGUGUACAGAAAACAAUUGGAAGCAUUUAAAGAUGACAGCACACAAAGUGUUUUAGAUUUCCCCGUGACGUUGACCUCACAUGACAGGAUGGUCAUCCAUGAGGUUGCAGAGCAACUGUCUCUAUACCAUGCUAGUAUUGGAGAAGAAAAGAAUCGUCACAUCCGUGUUUCAAAGAUGAAAAUCGACUUGCCUCUUAGUAACUCAUGUGAAGAUAAUGAUCACAUUGAUAAAAAUAGAACGGAACAAGUUGCAGAGAUAACUCCUGCUGAUCAAUUAGAGUUAUCCUCAACUAAAGAACUUGCUGAUGAGAAAGAUUUGAAAAGCUCACCCGAUGUUCAGGAUAUUUCUAACAAAGUAGAAAAACAACCAAAAAACCCAGACACCGAAUCGACAAACAAGAAACAAAAGUUAAAAGUGAAGAUUAACAAACAAACUGAAAAGGGGAGACAAUCACAGAACUCUGUGACAGAGCUCCCUGACAACUGUGCCAUUGAUGAUGACAUAAAGCAGUGUUGUCACUGUCAAAAGAACAUCAGAAUAGCAAACCUGGCACUGCACGAGCUCCAUUGCAGUCGGCUGAAAAAAACUAAAGACAUCAACGCUGAGGGUGGGGAGAAAAUUCCUGAGCAAGGAGGAGCCAAGAAGAAAGAGGUCAAGGCAACUGAAAAGAAAAAACCCGCAAUGAAGUCCCAGACCCAUAAAGUGGCCGAAGUUUUGGGCAAAAUUGACCCAAACGACUUUGAGGGACUCAUUGCCAGCAUUACUGAAUUAGACAGCAAGUGUGCUUUUAGGAAGUGUAAGACCUUGACCAACACUUUAGGCAGGAACUGUGAACACUGUACACGCAGAUUCUGCCUGACACACCUCAUGCCAGAGGUGCAUGGCUGUGGUGAUGCUGCUAAGGAGGCAGCACGUCGUGUUAUCAGCAGAGAAGGUGUGCUACACAGCGGCAGUGGCGUCCCCAACAAAAAGCCGAACUCUGCCAGGAGAGCGCAGCUAGAGUUGAAGCUAGAGAAAAAAAUUGGUGACUUGACCAAUAAACGGUCAAAGAACACAGAAAAGAAAAAAUCCUGAUUUGUCGUCUUCCUUGGAUCUUUUCCCAUGGUAGUUAUUUCCCUUAGUUUCAAUUUGCAUAACAGGGUCUUUUUAUUUGCUAAACAAUUAUGCCAAGAUUUCUUGUUGGUGUAAUUUUUCACUGUAUUUAUGCGUCACUGGGGUUACUUGCCCUUGUCUAAACAAGUCCAGGGCUUGUUCUCUAAACAUUGACAUUAUUAAGUUAUAAAAUUGAUAAACUCAGGAAAUGAGUAGAAAUGUGUGUGUGUGUGUGUAAACUGUUACCUGAAAUCAAAUUGUGAUUUUUUUUUUAAUUUGUUAAAAAAAAAUGUUUAGCUUCAAUGAAUAGAUUUAUCAACCAAUGGUUUUCAGCCUCUGUAAAUCUGAACCACUCUGUUAUCUUACUUCUCAUUGGUUGCAAUGAUCUGAACUCCACUUUGUACCAUUGGGUGCUAUUUUUGUUUAAAUAUUCAUUAUCAUAUGAACUUAAUAAAAGUUUUAAAUUGAUAACAACAAAAUACUUAUGUGUAUUACUUGGUU